UUCUCCUCCUCCUCCUUUCUACAAGCUCCAUUUCACUCCCCUUUGUUAAUUUUCUACGUUGAUCUCUUUGUUUCCUAGGUUGAUCUCUUUCUCAUCAAAGAAAAUGGGAACGAGCAGGGUUGAUGUGAAGAGGAGCUUAAUGGGGGACGAUGAGGAAGAAGAAGAAGAAGAAGAUAGUACGGUGCUAGGGUUUGAAGAUGAUAGCAAGAAGAAGAAAGGGAAGAGAGGAUCCAGCAGUUCUGGAGGGUCAACGCCGCCUCGUUGUCAGGUUGACCACUGUCCCGCUGAUAUGACUGAGGCCAAGCCCUACUUCCGCCGCCACAAGGUCUGCGAGUAUCAUGCCAAGGCUCCGGUUGUCACUCUUGGGGGACUUCAGCAACGCUUUUGCCAGCAAUGCAGCAGGUUUCAUGAAAUAUCAGAGUUUGAUGACACCAAAAGGAGUUGCAGGAGGCGAUUGGCCGGACACAAUGAGCGUCGUCGGAAAAACGCAAGCGAAUAUCAUGGAGAAAGCUCAAAUUAAUAACUAGAGAUUAAGCUAGACUCCCCCGGAGACAUCGCCUCUUCCGAUGCACAGUUCAUAUAUUUAUAUGAGUUUAGAUUUCGAUCCGAAAGUACUCUCUCUCUAUAUAUAUGAUCUAAUAUAUAUGCUCUCUCUCUUCUGUCAAUCGUUGGUUUUCCUUGAUGUACUAUCAUUUCAGGUCCCUAUCCCUAUAUUUAUAUAUGCU